AUGAGCUUCCAACCCGUCAAUCCGCGGCCAUUCCUGCAGGCUAGAGUCGGCACCGAGCUUGUCAUCCGCCUCAAGUGGGGCCAGACCGAGUACAAGGGCACACUGGAGAGCAUCGACUCGUACAUGAACGUUCUGCUGCGCGAUACGGAGGAGUACAUCGACGGCAAGCAUACCGGCACGCUGGGCCUGGUGCUGAUCCGGUGUAACAACAUCCUCUGGAUGGGCUCGGCAGACGGCGUGGAGAUGACGGAUCUCGGGUUAAAAUAA